AUGGCCGCGGCCAUUCUCCGCCGCGUUACCCCCACCGCCGCCGCCAGCCCGCGCGUGGCGCCGCUGCCGCUGCCGCUACCCCUACCCCUGCUCUCCCGGGGUGUCUCCGACUCCACGGACGCGAUCACCGUGGAGACCUCGGUGCCGUUCAAGUCCCACAUCGUGGACCCGCCGUCGCGCGAGGCCACCACCACGGCGCGGGAGCUGCUGUCUUUGUUCCGCGACAUGUCGCUCAUGCGGCGCGCCGAGAUCGCGGCGGACUCGCUCUACAAGGCCAAGCUCAUCCGGGGCUUCUGCCACCUCUACGACGGCCAGGAGGCCGUCGCCCUGGGCAUGGAGGCCGCCAUCACGCGCGCCGACGCCAUCAUCACCGCCUACCGCGACCACUCGCCUACCUCGCGCGCGGCGGGGACCUCGUCGCCGCCUUCGCCGAGCUCAUAG